GCAUGCAUCGUCAUUUUCAGUCGCCAAAACAUUCUUCAGUUGUGUAAUUUUCUACUGCGACAAGGGUUAGUACAGCAUACACUCAAAAUGUCUCUUUUACGUGUUUGCUGUAGUGCAGCUACAUGUUUUGUAAAAAGAGGAUUGCUUUUAGAGUCGACUUAUACUGCAUGUCAUAGGACAGCAGGAUAUGCGUCUGGUGGUGCGACCAAAGAUAAAGAACCGUUGAAGAAAGCGAAAACGCCCCAAGGACGCUUUGACAUGGACGAAACCGAGUCAAAAUCGAAAGGUGUUUUUGAACGAUUUCCAGAUGAUGUGAAUCCAGAAACUAAGGAGAAAGGUGGUCCAAGAGGUCCUGAACCUACACGAUAUGGUGACUGGGAGAGGAAGGGACGUUGUAUUGAUUUUUAGUUUGCCUGUUAAAUAUAUCCAAAUGUAUUUAUUUUAACAUUUGAAUGUGGUAAAUAAUUCUGUAUACAGAUACAAAAGAUAAUUUCUGGACCAGAAAUGUGCGUCUUUUUCUGAUCAUAUGGGCCUACUAUGUAGUAUGAAUAGUUUGUGGAAAAGUAGUUUGAACUACUUGAACGGUUCUGUUCAGACUUUAAUAGACAUUUUGAAAAGAAUCUAAUGUUUUUUGAAAGUGGGUAACACGAUGUCUGCAAGACCUGAAAGAUAUCUUCAAAGAAUAAACCUAUUCAACAA